AUGGGUUGGAUGAAAUAUGUUUUGGCAGUCUUCCUCUCUCUGAGUCUGCUAUCACUCUCAAUGGUGAAGUCUCAAAUUGUGGGUACAUGUCCUAUAAAUACAGAUGAGUUGAGUCCAUGUGGGAGUUUGGUUGAAGCUGCAUUGAAUUCACCUCUCCCCCCAACCCCCUCUUCUUCCUGCUGCUCUCCCCUUCAGGGCUUGAAUCUUGACCAAGCUGAUUCUUGCGUUACCACUGCCAUAGCAUCUGGCGUCAUUGUCCUCCCCGCCUCCCUUCCCCCUGUUCUUGACUUUCCCCUAACCAUAAUUCUUACUGCCUGUAAUUUCUUUUCUUCCACUGCCAACGCUUGA